AUGGACGUCGACUCAAAUGCUUCCGUCAACCCGGUCUAUGGUGAUAAAAUAGACGGUAAUUCCAUUCGGCUCCUCAAAUUCUCGCAAUCUCAGGAUGGCAGACUCACUGGCAGACUAAAGAAGUUCGCGCUUGCCCAUGCGCCCCAUUUCUACAGUGCCAGUUACACUUGGGGCGCUAAAGCAUACUCGGGUACCGUCAUCGAGUUGAAGACGGGACAGCUUCCAGUCCUUCAAGGUCUUCUGCCGUUUCUGCGGAUGGUCAGUAGACACGAAGACUUUCACGAUGAGGAUUGGUGGUGGAUUGACUCAUUGUCCAUUAACCUUGCGGAUGGACAGGAAAGGGAACAGCAAGUGCAAAUCAUGGCCGACAUCUACAAAAAAGCUAGGAGGGCAAUGGUCUGGCUGGGAGAAGAAGUUGAAGACGGAAGCGAUUGCACUGGUGCUAUCGAUUUCCUACACUAUCUACAGAACCUGCAGCCUCUGUUCAGCGGGAAAAAUGCCGAAUACGUACGCAACAAUCUCCGUUCUUCGGGUAUGUCGGUACAGUGGGCAUCAGUCAGCAAUCUUUUGAGCCGCCCGUGGUGGACGAGAGUUUGGACCCUUCAAGAGAUGAUACUGCCUCGAGAGGUAAAGUUUUUCUGCGGCAAUACCUCGAUAUCCCGCGGCAAGUUCAAAGCGGCCAUGUAUAGCAUAUUCCUGUGCAGCGUGGGAGACCGCGACAUGGAGGUGGAGCUGAUACCACGACAAGCGUUUGAUACUGCAUUCAACCGGAGAAGAGUGCAUCAGUGGCAUGUGCAUCCAAAGGCUCGCGGCAUUGCCCUUGUCGCUGUUCUUGCCUACCUCGGCAAUCACUCUGCUACUGAUUCGAGAGACAGAGUCUACUCUGUUCUGGGGAUCAUAACCGCACGAGACCGAAAACUGAUAGGCAAACCGGAGUAUACGACUACCGUCCAACACCAAUACUCAAAACUCGUCAGAUCAUUCUACGAUGAAUACCAAAACCUAGACAUCUUGUGUUUCUCCCACCUCUUCAGCCGCUAUUCCGGCCCAAGCGAUCCUGGAUACGAGAACGCAGUCCCUUCUUGGGCUCCAGAUUGGAGGGUGUAUACGGAAUUCGCAAGUCCUGUACCGCUCAUGGCAAGUCAAAGUGCUAGCGAGCAGCACAUAGGGAACUUCAGGCCACUCCAUGGACAGAAGUGGGAUGCCAUGUACGACGCCCCUGGGCAGCGCUUACGAGAUAAAGCAGAUGUACGCUUCCACGAUAAUCUAAAGGAGCUGUGGUGCAAUGGGGUUAUCUUAGACAAGAUUGAGAGCGUCGGCGCGCUCGGAGGCUGCGAUCCGCGUUGUAGGAGCUUUGUAUGUGCCCGAGACGAGCCCCUUCACGGCCUGGUUCAAGGCGACAUAAGCAUGCACAAGAGGACGUUGGAAAGCGCAGACCUCGUUUCAAUACUGACUAAAAUCGCCCGAUCUCUUGUUCUUGGUCGUCAAGACAAGUAUCUUCGCUUUGUCGCCCCACAGUACUACACGUCGGACUUUCUCGUCCUUUGCAACGCCUGUCUGGAGUCUGAAAUACUGCCAGAAGAUCCUGGAGAGACCGCUAUUUCGACAUUCGCGACUUGGUUCCGAGGAAAUCGGCAUCUACGCCUCGGUACUCACACUCUUGAAGAAUUGGUGGAAAACAUCAUCUCCUCUUCGAAUCCACCUCUGUUUGAUUCCCUGCCUGUUCCGUCCAUACACCCCGGCUCUCGUUCAGAUCGUCUUCCGAUGUACCCACCCAACACAAGCGCAGACGCCAACUCAGACUACGCGGACAACUUUCUGUCUCGUUUCUUAGACACUAUCCGCAAGAAGUCGCGGCGGCUGAUGGUGACUAACGGAGGUCUUGUAGGCAUGGCGCCUUGUAGAGCUCGACCCGGAGAUGCUGUCGUAGCACUCUUCGCAUGCAGCAUACCGCUUGUUUUGAGAAAAGCAGGUGCAAGAGACGGAUGGCAAGUCGUCGGAGAAGCUUAUGUAGAUGGAUAUAUGAAUGGAGAGGCAGGACAGCUCAUAAAAAGGGGGACGAGUAAUAUUCAUCGAUUCCGAUUGGUAUGA